GUGGAUUGUGUGAAACGUAUGUACGGAAUGUGUUGUAAGGAAUAUCAAAUUGUCCAGCAAGGCGCAGAAUUAACUCGUGCAUGUGAAUUUGUUUGCCUUAGUCCCUAUACAUACUGGGCGAUGUGGGCUAAAUUAUAUUGCAGGGCCCAAUGGAUAUGGAAUCAACUCAAAAUGGAUGGCUGUGAUGAUGUUGCAGAUGAGCUCAAUGGUACAAUGGGAACGUUUUGGGAUCGCACGGAUGAAGCUCCAAUUGGAGCCUUUGACACUUUU